AUGGCGUCCUUCAAGUUAGUGUGUAGUGUGAUCUGUGUGUUAGUCGCCAUCGAAUCCGCCACCGCCGCUGAAGAUGGAACGGUGCGUGCCCUGCGGAAAGUGUACUCCCUCUGUGAGGAUAGUGACGAAUUGCUCAAAUGUAUCAAGGUUCAAGCACUGAAAUUGACCGACCGAGCUAUCAAACUGCCAAGCGUAAAGCUGAUUGACGGUAUUUCGAUUGUGAAGAAGGCCGACGGUGAGAGCCAACAACGUGCCCUGAACGAACCGGCGCUCAACGACCUCGAACUGAACAAACUGCCCUCGGCCAAGAUCGACGAGCUGCUGUAUCAACGUGCUGCUCGCUUCAUGGAUUCUCACCAGCUUUCACUGAACGUACCACGGAUGCUCGCUUCGGGACAGCAAGAAACCGGACGUCUCGUCGAGGAAGGCCGAAAGAAGAUGAAGAAGUACCUCGGACCAUUCCUCGCUGCAAUGGCUAUCAAGGGAGGUAUCCUCACCAUGGUCUACCAUUCCAUUGCUAUCGUUGCCGGCAAAGCUCUGAUCAUCGGUAAGAUCGCUCUGGUCAUUUCCGCCAUCAUCGGUCUGAAGAAACUGGUCACUCCAGAAGGACACGAAAAGACCACCUACGAGAUUGUGAAGCAUCCGCAUGUCCAACAGAGCCAUACCUAUUCGUCGAAUCACGGUGAAUUCGAUAACCACGAAUCAGGCCAGUUCCACCGUAGCUUCGGAAACUCUGUCAGCAACGAUAUGCAAAUGCAGGACCGUGCAUACCGAGCUCAUGUUCCCAAGAACUAAGCUCUCCAGGUCGCCAAACUCUACAUCCAAGGAACUCUCCAGCAACCCGUGCUCUAAUCGGUCAUUAGGAUACGAAAAACCCAUAUAGAUUUAGAAAACCAAAUUCAGGGAUC